AUGGGCGCACCAAAGAACGACCAACCCCCUGCCUUCCCCCCAGACCAGCCAUCCACAAGCACAACCACCACAACAUCAACACCACAACCAUCAACAUCCACAUCCACAAACCCAGCAAACCCAACAAACCCCCCACCACCCUACGACCCCCCAGCCUACGAACUCCGCUCCGAAACCGCCGCUCCCGACCCCGACACCCUCCUCGACCCCUGCACCUUUGUCAUCCACGGCCGCUUCAUCUACCCCAUGCUACAAACCGACACCGCCAGCGAAGAACCCGAUUCCCAACCGGUCUACCAACUCUCCCGCGCCAUCCACGAACAAGGCGCCGCAACAGAACACAUCUCUUUCCAACGCAUCGACCCACGUAUUCGCAUGACCACCACCACCACCACCGACGACGACCCAGAAGAUGACACCAUCGGCGAGACCAUCCCGCGCCUGACCCACCGCCCCAAAGACCUGUACAACCUCGAGCACAGAAAGGAAAUGGCAUACUUGGGGAUUCCCUUCCAAGCCUGGCUGGAGCCGCAGACCCGUCGGGGGAUGGGGAAAGUGCAGAUUGAGAAGGCGCCGAUGUUUCAUAGUGGGUAUCGUGUUGCGAAGAUGUGGGGGGAAGGAGAGGUGAGGAGGUUGGAGAGGGAGGGAAAGGGGAAGGUUGUGAAGAAGGGGGAGGUGUAUUUUACGAUGAAGGAGGCGGGGGGGAAGAGUAUCAGUGAAAGCGGGAGUGGGAGUGGGAGUAAUGGGAGUAAGAGUGGUGUGUGGUGGGAGUGGAGUGAUCAGGAUGGGAAAGUGGUUGCGGUGCAGGUAAGGGAGUGGGAUGCGAGGGGGGAAGAGACGUUCAAGUUGCGGGUGACAGCCCCGUUGGCGAGGCGGUGGCGGGAUGGGUUGGUUGGGUUGUGGUGUUUGUGGAUGUGGCAUGUGCGGAUGUUGGAGGUGGUUCCGAAGAAAACGUGGGAGGAUCGUAAACGCAUUAUGAAAAUGCCCAGGUUGUACUUGAGCCCAACGAUGCUGGGAAAGUAA